AUGCGAGAAGCUGGGGCAAGUGAACAUGCGGAUUAUUGGAUUUUCUAUAAGUCUGGUAACGAUUUAGAAGCAUACAAAGUUGACGAAUGGUAUCAAUUUUUGCCUGCUGUAACAUAUAAAUAUUUGGACGCCGAACAAGCAGAGGAACGAUUUAAAGAACGUGACAAUGUUCUCAAUCAUUUUGCUUUGAAAGCACAAAUCCAAAAACAAUUGGCUGAACAGGAGGAUCAAUUACAACAGCAACAACGUCAAAAAAUUGGUGAUACUUUGAAACGGGCUGGUGGUUUGAAAAUCAAAGACGAGGCUAGCUCUGAUGAAGACGAAGAUGGUGAUAUUGACGAAGAGGAACAAAAUGGAAAGUCCAAAAAUGGAAGUAAAAAGAAAAAGGAUGGAAAGAAGGGAAAGAAAGUUAAAAAUGAAAAGGAGGAAAAGAAUAAAACUAAAAAACAACGUGUAAAAGCUGCUGACGAAAUUGCAGAUUAUGAGUCUGAAGACGGACAAGAUGAGGGGCGUGAAUAUGAUUAUAUGUCGGAUUCUGGAAGCGAUUCUGAGCGAGAAGAAUUAAAUGUAGAUCAGAAAAUGGAAGAUGAUUUAGUUGGCGUAGCUGAUGAACAAGGGCUAAAACAUGAUCUUGACUCUGAAGAAGAUGAUGACGAUUUUGAAGAUGAAGAUGAUGACGAAGAAGAGGAGGAGAAAAAAGACCAAGAAGAAGGGAAGAAGAAUGGUGUGAAGGAACAAAAUGAAACUGCUGAUUCGCGUGCUAAAGCGGUCAAAAAUGUUGACAAAAUGAUGGAACAAAAUACUGGUGCUAAAAUUAAAGCUGACUUUGACAAUGCUGAAGAAUCUGAUGAUUCUGAUUUUGAUGAAGAUCCUGACAGUGCAAGAGUUAAUUCUGUUCUUUUUAUGCAAGAUAAGCGUAAGACUGCUUCAUCAACUCAACAAAGGAAAAGACAAGAGCCUGGCGGAGCUAGUGAAAUGCAACAAUCAUCUUCUUUUUCUGAGCAACCAGAGGUUAAACGGGCUAAAAUCGCUAGUGAUGAACCUGAAUCUGAAGUAAUUACUGAAUCUUUUAUUCGAAAACUACUUGAAAAGAGACCUCACAGCACAAAACAGCUUUUAACCAAAGUUAAUCAACGAUUUCAACAACAACAUAAACAAGAUGAUAACCAAACACCACCUGUUAAAGACAAGAAAAUUGUGGCUCAAUUGGCAGAAAUUUUGAAGAAGAUUGAGCCAUAUCAAUUUCGUAAAAAGAAUGAAGCCGGCAAAGAUGUUCUUUAUUUUUCAAUGAAUCGAACAGCAUAA